UGACGUCAUGCGCUUCAUGCGGCCACAUUCUGACUGAAACGCGGUAGAUUAGAAUUGAAAGAAGCGGCCAGGUGCAGGAGUGAAGUCAGACUGUAUUGUUAAAAGGUGUUGUUUUCGGGGCUGCUCUGGAUACUGCCAGCCGGCCGAAUGGAUAACUUCUUAUCUAACUACGUGUGAUCGUGUCAUAGCUGUGCCAGGUGUGUAGACCCAUUUGUCGCGUUUAGGAUCUACACUAAGGACAGUCCCGUGGCCAUGGCCGCCCCAGCCAUGCAACAGCCCAGUUUUCUGUUGGCCAAUUUGAAAGCGGACUCUGUGACCAAGCAUCUCCUCCAGCGCUGUCAGGAGCUGGUGAAAGUGAUUGAUGAUUACCCUGCAAAGGAGCUGCACCUGGUCUUCCCCUGGCUGGUGGAGAGUAUCCUCGGCAGUCUGGAUGGCGUUGUCGUGGGCUGGAACCUCCGGCAGCUCCAGGGGCGCAUUAACGAGUACGCCAUCGCCCUGGAGUUCCUGCACCCCAGCGGCCCGAUGAUGAAGCUGGUGUACAAGCUGCAGGCUGAGGACUACAAGUACGAGGUUCCGGUCUCCUUUCUCCCCGGUCCUGUGAAGGCUGCCAUUCAGGAAGGCGUCCUCCCGGAUUGCCCGCUGUUCCACAACAAGCUGCAGCUCCCUCUCUCGGGCCUGCCCAGCCUCAGCCUCUCUCUCAAUCCCUUCGAAUAUUACAUGUUUUUCUUCGCCGCAAGUCUGAUCGCCCCGAGGAACUACCCCCCGGGGCAGCACGUCAGCUCCUCGGACAGCGCCUACUUCGUCCUGGUGGACGCCUACCUCCAGUACUUCCUGCCCACAGAGGGCGUCGUGCCCCCCUCCCCCUUCUCGGACGCCCGGAGCACGGUGGCCCCGCCCUCUCCCAGAUCUGCCAACAUGCCGUUUGCAGGGUACGGUGCCCACAGCAGCAGCUUACUGAAACGCCACAUUACCCAUCAGCCCUCAGUCAAUGCUGACCUCGCCACCCAGGAGAUCUGGAGGUCCGAGACACUGCUACAGGUGUUUGUGGAGAUGUGGCUGCACCACUAUUCCCUGGAGAUGUAUCAGAAGCUUCAGUCUCCGCAGGUGAAGCUGGCAUUGCUGCAGUACCGGCUCAGUAUGUCUGGUUCCCCCAGCAGCCCCCCCGCCCCGCCUGGCUACGGGACCCUCCACACCUACCAAGAGCCCUUCUGUCCGUCCGAGGAGCACGUGCUCGUGGUUCGCCUGCUGGUCAAACACCUCCACGCCUUCGCCAGCAGCCUGAAGCCAGAGCCCGCCUCCACCUCGCCCUCCGCACACUCCCAGGCCAGCCCCCUGGAGGAGUUCAAGAGGGUGGUCAUCUCCCGAUUUGUCCAGCAGAAGCUCUACGUCUUCCUGCAGCACUGUUUCGGUCACUGGCCGCUGGAUGCCUCCUUCAGAGCAGUUUUGGAGACGUGGCUUAGCUACAUCCAGCCCUGGCGCUACACGGGCGAGAAGGCCACCCCUCAAACGGAGGGCCAGAACCGCAGCGUUCCGGAGAAGUGGUCCUCCUUUGUGCAGGAGAACCUGCUUUUGUACACCAAGCUGUUCCAGGGUUUCCUGAACCGAGCCGUCCGCACUGACCUGGUCAACGCCAAAAACGCACUCAUGGUCUUCCGGGUGGCUAAAGUCUUUGCUCAGCCCAACCUGCCGGAGAUGAUCCAAAAAGGAGAGCAGCUGUUCCUGGAGCCGGAGCACGUCCUUCAUCACCGGCACUCCCGCGUCUUCCUCUCACCCGCGCAUGGGGGCAGCUUCCUGUCGUCCCGGCAACCGGCCGAGGUGGACGCCGUCUUCAAGGUCAAGAGCCACGUGUACGGCCUGGAGGGCCAGGACUGCCAGUACACGCAGAUGUUCGGGGCCGAGCUGCGGGCCGCGGUUCUGAAGCUGGUGCAGAUAAUGGCCCAGGCGCGGCAGACGGCCAAGCGCAUAUCGGACCAAUCGGCCGAGGCGGCGGCCAACCAGUCCUUCCUGUCCUGGUUCUCCGCCGCCUCGCCGGACCUCAACCACACCUACGCCGGGACGGAGCCGGACGAGAUGGGCGAGUGUGUGAGGAAGAGCCACGAGUUCCUGGACCGGGCCCUGGACUACCUGUGCCAGAUAUUCCGGCUGAACGUGGGCCAGGUGUCUCAGCUGAUGGCCAAUUUGGCGUCUGCAGAGGACGAGCUGGGCGGGGACAGGCAGCUCCCAGACUGCAUACAGGGAGAUAACGGCCUGGUCCUCACAGACCUGGGCCGCAAGCAGAUCAUCAACGGGCUGCGCAGGUUUGAGAUCCAGUACCAGGGCGACCCCGAGCUGCAGCCCAUACGCAGCUACGAGAACGCCACGCUGGUCCGCUUCCUCUUCCGGGUCGCCUCCCUCAUCAACCAGCGGUUCGGGGGACACAUGGACGCGCUGUGCUCGCGGACGGACUUCCUGGGCAGGCUGGGCCGGUACUACUUCACCGGAGGGUCCGCGCGGCGGCGCCGGGGGCAGCAGAGGAGCCCGGCGAGCGGGGGGGCGGGCGAGGGCCACAGGAGGCCGCGGCUCAGCCUCCGCGCGCUGGCCAGCUACCGCACCCUGCUCAGCGUGCUCCUGUUCUACCUGCUGGGGGCGCUGCUCUCCUUCGGCCUGCUCUCCUCCACCGGCCUCAUCCUCGCCGCCAGCCUGCUCUACGGACUCUGCAUGGCCCUGCUGGGCGAGAGGCUGACCACGCAGUGAUGCGAGGAAGAGCGCGGGGUGACACGAGGAAGAGCGCGGGGUGACACGAGGAAGAGCGGGGCCAUCGGGUCUCACACUUCUGCUUGUUGCUUUAAGGCACUAGUUUUUUUUAAAGGGUAACUUCACCAUAUCUUUAAAUUUUUAUCCCUCUUUUUAUUGCUAUGGACGUCCGCACUGAAGAACUCCUAAUUUAUUUUUUUGACAAGGAACAAAGAGCUAUCUGACCUUCAUACAGAUAUGAAUCUGAUUACUUAUCUGAUACAGAUAUAAAGUCCAUAAAAUAGACGACAGUUGCUUGGCUGUAUGAUUAAAAAGAAUCUUUGUAGGCUAUGUUGGUAUGUGUCUUAAUCUGUCAUCCUUUGUCAGCUGUGUAUGGGCAUCCUCUUAGAAGCCAGAAGGUGUCCCACCAGUUUCAUAGUGCAUUGUGGGAAAUGUAGUCAGACAGGAAAGUAUGGAGGAUAAAUGGCUUAAAUGUUUCCAGACAGUAGUGGUCAUUGUUCUGUGCAGUACCCUCAGUCAAUACUGAAAAUUAAGAUUAAUGUGCCAUCAGUAUUCCAAACUAUCAUAUAAAAACUUUAAGACAAAGAAUGCUACCUUGUCAGACUACGUUAUAUGGUGAGGUUACCCUCUAAAGACUGUAAAUAUGAGUAAAAUCUUAAGAAUGUUUGCUGGAAUGGUACUUGAAGUUAAACUUUUUUUUCGAGACAUUGAUGUUUUGACAGUUUGUCAAAUGUGUGGAUGAAAGAAAUGACAGCUUGAAACUUCAACAAAACAUUCAAGAGGAAAUAUAAUGGCUCUCUAGCUUUCAGAAGCUAUACAUAUCUUACCACAAAAAGCAUCCAGUGCAUUGCUUGUUAAUGCCAGUUUGUAUCUGAAUGCACUAUUUAAAGAUCAUUAAACAAGCAUUGUUUUCAA